AUGCACAGCUCAGCCAACUCCGACGAGCAUCCCAGGCCCUGCACAGACCAUGAAAUCAUCGUGCCUGCAGACGCGAUCCAGCGCCCGGAGCGACUCGACUACUCCCGCCCCCCCGCUACACGUCCGUAUACUACAACCACCGAACGGAUCGCCCCCGGCACCUGGCUCAUCACGAUCCGGUGGGAUCCCAGCCUCCUCGGCCUCCAGGCCGGGGAGCACAUUCGCGUGCACGAAGACAUCUGCAAGGUGGCCCUGGCCCGCGCUUUCAAGGAGCUGUGGGUCCGAUUCCCGACCUGCAAGCUCGUCUAUGGCUGCAUCGACGUCUACUCCACGGUGGCACUGUACAGCAGUGAGCAACAGCCGCUGACCUCUUCGCAGGAUGGGGCCGUCGCUUUGACGCCCUGGCGGUUUCCGGCGAGCGCAGCUGUCGACGGUGAUGAUAAUAACGACUCGAAUGCCCCGGCCAAGCUUCUUGCGGAGUGGAAAUCGGCCGUCCCGCGGAAUGCCUAUGACGCGAAGGAGGCUGCGUGGUGUGAUAGCCAUCGGCCAAAGGGGAAAGGAGUUAUACCGCUGGGAAGGCCGCUUCCCAGCUCGGUAUCCCGAGCGGAUGGGCCGGACGGUUAUUCGCCCUUGUUGGUUCUGGGGUCGUGUAGUCUGUGUGGUAUGGAUCAUGAGCCCUGCCCUGGGGACUCGUCUCAGGCAGCUUGGGCUACGGUCAACAAGCCCUGA